AUGGCUUUCAUGACCAGUAUCAUACCAGAACAAGCUGAAAUUAAAGAUCGUACAGAUGAACUUCUAGCGUUGUGUAAAAAAGCAGUAACUGACUGUAAUACUGUGAAACCAACGCUUGAUUCCCUUGAUAAAUUACGUUGUAAACAACGCAGUUCGAAAGCUGGUAGAAAUCAGUUAAAGUCUCUAUACAACCAAGCUAUUAACGAAGCUGAACAACAAAAAGCUACUCUAAUAGCUGCUCUAGAAAAAGUAUCAGAGAUCCGUGCUUUGGAAUAUAAAAUUAGAACACAUGUUGGUCCUAAAAGCUUUCGUAGAGGCGUAUUAAUGUCAGUUUUACAAGAAAAUGCCAAAUCCAUACCACUUUGGAUUGGUAAAGUCGGUGAAAGUCCUCCUGCUUUAUGUGGUGCAAUAGGACCAUCACCAAAUAUCUCUGCUGAUCCUGGGGAUCAUGUUGCUGCUCUUGUUCCGGAACCAGAUGUUGCAGCUGCUGCUUGUAAUCUAGCUGAAGGUUGUAUUUUAGCCGAAGUUGUUUCUUAUAAUCCUGACAAGGCAGUCUAUGAAGUCGAAGAUGUUGAUGCUGAAGAAGGAAAGAUGCCCAAGCGUUAUUCAUUACAUCGUUCCAAAGUGAUACCUUUGCCUAAAUGGAAGGUAAAUCCAGUCACACAUCCUGAAGCAAUAUUCAAGAAGGGUGUUACGGUAUUAGCCCUUUACCCGCAGACUACAUGUUUCUAUAAAGCAAUUGUAGACGAAAUCCCGACUCAUGUACACGACGAAUACUCCCUUUAUUUUGAGGACUCAUCGUACCCGGAAGGUUAUGCCCCAGCCAUCAAAAUACCUCAGAGAUAUGUUAUUGAAUGUCCUUCAAAUGAAUCAAUGACAAGUAAACAUCUAGACAGUUCAAAAAAGCGCAGUAAAUAG